GCCAUGGCUGUCAAAGCAGUUUUGCUGGGGAUGACUGGCAGCAAGUUCCAGUGUGUGUAGGGUUGGGGGGAGUGAAUGGCGGCAGUUAACGUGGGGGACCGGCAACAGCAAAUCUGUGCACAUGGGUCGACAGGAGGACCUUUUGGACUCGGCUUCUCGAUCAGGAAGGCUACCACAUACUCCUGAAAACUUGCUCCAAGUGAGGCUCAAAGAUUUGGAAAGAGAUAGUUUAACAGAAAAGGAGUGUGUGAAGGAGAAAUUGAAUCUCUUGCAUGAAUUUCUGCAAACAGAAAUUAAGAAUCAGUUAUGUGACUUGGAAACCAAAUUGCAUAAAGAAGAAUUAUCAGAGGAGCGCUAUCUGGCUAAAGUCAAAUCCCUUUUAAAUAAAGAUUUGUCUUUGGAGAACGGAGCUCAUGCUUUCAGUCGGGAAGUGAAUGGAUGUCUAGAGAACGGGAGCCAGACAAGUGGUGAGAACCACAGAGUGGGAAUGGCCGAUACUAACAAAUCUCCCAAGCCUGUUUCCAAGCCUUGCACACCCAGGAGAAGCAAGUCCGAUGGAGAAACAAAGUCUGACGUUUCACCUAGCCCCAGGAUUACAAGGCAAACUACCAGGCAGACCACCAUCACAUCUCAUUUUGCAAGGGGCCCUGCUAAACGGAAACCUGAGGAAGAGACUGAAAGAGCAAAAUUGGAAGAUACAGUUGAUGAAGAAGAAAAAGACCAGGAGGAAAAGAGACGUAGAGUUACAUCCAGAGAACCAGUUCCUGGACCACUCCCUGAAGAACCAGAAAGAGUAAAACCAGGAACAUACAUGGAAGAGGAUGAAGAAAGAGAGGAAAAAGAAGAAAGGAGACUCAGAAGUCAAACCAAAGAACUAACACCGAAACAGAAAGUUAAGGAAGACCUGGACAGAGAAGCAAGACCUGGUGGCCAGGCUGAAAUGGUGGAUGAAGGAGAUGAGAAAGAUGAAAAGAGGCACAGAAGUCAACCCAAAGAUCUAGCUGCCAAACGGAGACCUGAAGAGAAAGAACCUGAAAGAGUGAAACCACAAGUUUCUGACGAAAAAGAUGAGGAUGAAAAGGAAGAGAAGAGACGCAAAAUUACAUCCAAAGAACCAACUGAGAAAAAAGUGGCUCGAACCAAAACAGUAAUGUCUUCUAAGACUCACCCUGUGAGGUGUCUUCAGUGUGGGCAGUACUUGGAUGAUCCUGAACUAAAGUAUGAACAAUUUCUCCCUGAUGCAGUGGAGGAGCCGCAGUUGUUGACAAAUGAGAAACUGUCCAUCUUUGAUGCCAAUGAAUCUGGCUUUGAGAGUUACGAGGCUCUUCCCCAACACAAACUGACCUGCUUCAGUGUCUACUGUAAGCGUGGUCACCUUUGCCCAAUUGACACUGGCCUCAUUGAGAAGAAUGUCGAACUCUUCUUUUCUGGUUCAGCAAAACCAAUUUAUGAUGACAACCCAUCUUCUGAAGGUGGUGUUAAUGGCAAAAAUCUUGGUCCCAUAAAUGAAUGGUGGAUCACUGGCUUUGAUGGAGGUGAAAAGGCUCUUAUGGGCUUUAGUACUUCAUUUGCCGACUACAUUCUGAUGGAUCCCAAUCCAGAGUAUGCACCGAUGUUUAGUGUGAUGCAGGAAAAGAUCUACAUCAGUAAAAUCGUGGUUGAAUUCCUGCAGAGCAACCCUGACUCCACCUAUGAAGAUUUGAUCAAUAAAAUUGAGACCACCGUUCCUCCUUCUGUGCUCAACCUGAAUCGAUUCACAGAGGAUUCUCUCCUUCGACAUGCCCAGUUUGUGGUGGAACAAGUUGAGAGUUAUGAUGAAGCCGGGGACAGUGAUGAGCAGCCCAUCUUCCUGACUCCCUGCAUGAGAGAUCUGAUCAAGUUGGCUGGGGUCACCUUGGGGAAAAGGCGAAUGGAAAGACGUCGGACCAUCAAGCAUUCUGCCAAGGAUAAGGACAAAAAGGACAAGGGCCCUACAAAAGCCACCACUACCAAGCUGGUCUACCAGAUCUUUGACACUUUCUUUGCAGAGCAAAUUGAGAAGGAUGACAGAGAGGAAAAGGAGAAUACCUUUAAACGCCGGCGCUGUGGUGUCUGUGAGGUUUGUCAACAACCUGAAUGUGGAAAAUGUAAAGCCUGUAAGGAUAUGGUUAAAUUUGGUGGCAGUGGACGGAGCAAGCAGGCUUGUCUAGAGAGGAGGUGUCCCAAUAUGGCCAUGAAGGAGGCAGACGAUGAUGAAGAAGUAGAUGAUAAUAUCCCAGAGAUGCCAUCACCCAAAAAAAUGCAUCAGGGAAAGAAAAAGAAACAGAACAAGAAUCGGAUCUCUUGGAUUGGAGAAGCAGUCAAGACUGAUGGGAAGAAAAGUUACUAUAAGAAAGUGUGUAUUGACUCAGAGACCCUGGAAGUAGGGGACUGUGUAUCGGUUAUUCCAGAUGAUUCUUCAAAACCACUGUACUUGGCAAGAGUCACGGCAUUGUGGGAGGACAGCAGCAAUGGACAGAUGUUUCAUGCCCACUGGUUUUGUGCUGGGACAGACACUGUCCUUGGAGCUACGUCAGAUCCCCUGGAGCUAUUUCUGGUAGAUGAAUGUGAGGACAUGCAGCUUUCAUACAUCCAUAGCAAAGUGACGGUGGUCUAUAAAGCUCCCUCAGAAAGCUGGGCCAUGGAGGGUGGCAUGGAUCCUGAGAUCGUGAAGAAGGAGGAUGAUGGGAAGACCUAUUUCUACCAGAUGUGGUAUGAUCAAGACUAUGCCAGAUUUGAGUCCCCUCCCAAGACGCAGCCAACAGAUGACAACAAAUACAAGUUCUGUGCAAGCUGCGCCCGUCUGGCUGAAAUGAGGCAAAAAGAAAUCCCCAGGGUCAUGGAACAGCUUGAAGACUUGGAUGGCCGGAUUCUCUACAGUUCUGCGACCAAGAAUGGCAUCCAGUAUCGAGUGGGUGAUGGUGUAUAUCUUCCCCCUGAGGCCUUCACAUUCAACAUCAAGCUGUCCAGCCCUGUGAAGCGCCCACGGAAGGAGCCUGUGGAUGAAGAACUGUAUCCGGAGCAUUACCGAAAAUACUCUGAUUACAUCAAAGGCAGCAACUUGGAUGCCCCAGAGCCAUACCGGAUUGGCCGCAUAAAAGAGAUCUUUUGUAUCAAAAAGAGCAAUGGUCGACCAAACGAGGCAGACAUCAAGAUCCGACUUAACAAGUUCUACAGGCCAGAGAACACACACAAGUCCACCCCGGCAAGUUACCACGCGGAUAUCAAUCUGCUUUACUGGAGCGAUGAAGAGGCUGUGGUGGACUUCAAGGCUGUACAGGGCCGCUGCACUGUGGAGUAUGGGGAGGACCUGCCCGAGUGUCUUCAGGACUUCUCUGCGGGUGGCCCAGACCGCUUCUACUUCCUUGAGGCCUAUAAUGCCAAGAGCAAAAACUUUGAAGAUCCUCCAAACCAUGCUCGUAGCCCUGGAAAUAAAGGCAAAGGAAAGGGAAAAGGAAAAGGCAAAGCAGCAAAGUCUCAGACGUGUGAGCCAAGUGAACCAGAAGCAGAAAUAAAACUGUCUAAACUGCGGACCCUGGAUGUGUUCUCUGGCUGUGGGGGUUUGUCCGAAGGAUUCCACCAAGCAGGCAUCUCUGAAACACUGUGGGCCAUUGAAAUGUGGGACCCCGCCGCCCAGGCGUUCCGACUGAACAACCCCGGGUCCACGGUGUUCACAGAGGACUGCAACGUCCUGCUGAAGCUGGUCAUGGCUGGGGAGACCACCAACUCCCACGGCCAGAAGCUGCCGCAGAAGGGAGAUGUGGAGAUGCUUUGUGGCGGGCCACCUUGCCAAGGCUUCAGUGGCAUGAACCGCUUCAACUCACGUACCUACUCCAAGUUCAAAAACUCCCUGGUGGUCUCCUUCCUCAGCUACUGUGACUACUACCGGCCUCGCUACUUCCUCCUGGAGAAUGUCAGGAACUUUGUGUCCUUCAAGCGUUCCAUGGUCCUGAAGCUCACCCUCCGCUGCCUCGUGCGCAUGGGCUAUCAGUGCACCUUUGGCGUGUUGCAGGCUGGUCAGUAUGGUGUGGCCCAGACGCGGAGGCGUGCUAUCAUACUGGCUGCUGCCCCUGGAGAGAAGCUCCCCCUGUUCCCAGAGCCAUUGCAUGUGUUCGCACCUCGGGCCUGCCAGCUCAGCGUCGUGGUGGACGACAAGAAGUUUGUCAGCAACAUAACCAGGCUAAGCUCGGGUCCUUUCCGAACCAUCACAGUUAGGGACACGAUGUCUGACCUCCCUGAGAUCCGGAAUGGAGCUUCUUCACUAGAGAUCUUGUACAAUGGGGAACCCCAAUCUUGGUUCCAGAGGCAGCUCCGGGGAUCACAGUACCAGCCUAUCCUCAGGGACCACAUCUGUAAGGACAUGAGUGCGCUGGUGGCCGCCCGGAUGCGGCAUAUCCCUCUGGCCCCAGGCUCAGACUGGCGUGAUCUGCCCAACAUAGAGGUGCGACUCUCUGAUGGCACCAUGGCCAGGAAGCUGCGGUACACCUAUCACGACAGGAAGAACGGCUGCAGCAGCACUGGGGCUCUCCGAGGGGUGUGCUCCUGUGUGGAAGCGGGCAAAGCCUGUGACUCCACUGCCAGGCAGUUCAACACACUCAUCCCCUGGUGCCUGCCUCACACUGGGAAUAGGCACAACCACUGGGCUGGCCUGUAUGGACGGCUGGAAUGGGACGGUUUUUUUAGCACGACUGUCACCAACCCUGAGCCCAUGGGCAAGCAGGGCCGUGUGCUCCACCCCGAGCAGCACCGUGUGGUGAGUGUGCGGGAGUGUGCACGCUCCCAGGGCUUCCCAGACACCUACCGACUGUUUGGCAACAUCCUGGACAAGCACCGGCAGGUGGGUAAUGCUGUGCCACCACCCUUGGCCAAAGCCAUCGGCUUAGAGAUCAAGCGCUGUAUGUUGGCCAAAGCUCGAGAGAGUGCCUCAGGUAUGCUAAAGUCGAGGAGAAAACUAAGGACUAGUUUUGCCCUCCUGUCGCCCUUAUUUCUGGCACCAGGGAUCCCCAACGUGCACUGAUGUUGUUGUAUUUUUAACAUGUUGAUCAGUUCAAAUGUGUUGUACACGGUGUUUGUGGCCUUGACUGACAUGAAGCUCUGUUCUGUGAGGUUUGCUUAUCAACUAAUGACUUAGUGAUCAAACUGUGCAGUACUUUGUGCAUUCUGGAUUUUAAAAGUUUUUUAUUACGCAUUAUAUCAAAUUACCACUGUAUGAGUGGAAAUUAAGUCUUUAUGUAGUUUUUAUAUGUUGUAAUAUUUCUUCAAAUAAAUCUUCUCCUAUAAACCACCCUAGGUGGUGACUU